UUUUCCAAAGUCAACCCACAGAGAGCUGCAGUUGUUUAGGUGUACGUAAAUUAUUAGUGAUAUUUGGUUGUCUGUACAAACAUGUAAGUAAUUUUCAAGUUUUUAUUGGCGUUUCAUGUCAUUCAAUGUGAAUUUAGGUCGAUAAAACACGGUGAACUUGAGUGCCGUAAUAUCUGCGUUCGACAUGUCAGGUCUGAGAAAGUUGCUGAAGGCGUACUGUUGACAGUCAUGGAAGUACAGAGCAGCGGGUCCGUUCAAAUCUCCCUCAGACAAUAUUAGCUCUCCUAGCAAAAGGCCACGAUGGCGUCUGUUAUGGAGGAUCCCACCCUGGAGAGACACUUUAAGGGCCAUAAAGAUGCUGUCACCUGUGCAGACUUCAAUCCAAACCGCAAACAACUUGCCUCAGGGUCAGUUGAUAAGAGCCUGAUGAUCUGGAAUCUGGCUCCCAAGGGGAGGGCUUUUCGCUUUGUUGGCCACCAAGAUGUCAUCACUGGGGUGCAGUUCUCCCCCUCUGGCUCUCUGGUGGCAACUUCGUCCAAGGACAGAACAGUUCGACUGUGGACACCUUCCAUGAAAGGCGAGUCAACAGUGUUUAAAGCCCACACGGCCGCUGUACGCAGUGUUGCUUUCUCCCAUGAUGGCCAGAGACUGGUGACAGCAUCUGAUGACAAGUCUAUCAAAGUGUGGAGCGUUCAUCGACAGUGCUUCAUCUACUCCCUCAACCAGCACACUAACUGGGUGCGCUGUGCUAGAUUUUCUCCGGAUGGGAGGCUCAUAGCCUCCUGUGGGGACGAUCGGUCUGUCCGGCUUUGGGACACAACCACCAAACACUGCAUUAACUGUUUCACCGACUAUGGAGGAUCAGCAACAUUUGUUGGUUUUAACUCCAGUGGCACCUGUAUUGCUGCCUCAGGAUCUGACAGUUCACUAAAAAUCUGGGAUCUACGGACCAACAAGCUGAUUCAGCACUAUCAAGUCCACAGCGCAGGAAUCAAUAGUUUUUCCUUUCAUCCGUCCAACAACUACUUGGUCAGUGGCUCCAGUGACAGCACUGUUAAGAUCCUGGACUUGUUGGAGGGACGUCUCAUCUACACCCUCCACGGACACAAGGGUGCUGUGAUCACAGUAGCAUUUUCUAGAGAGGGAGAUCUGUUUGCCUCGGGGGGAGCUGACAGUCAGGUGCUGCUGUGGAGGACAAACUUUGACAGCAGAUCUUAUCAGGAUGUCCUACAACAACACAGCCGGAGGUCCACCCCAGAUCCCCCACCCCACCUGUCUGAUAUUUAUCCCAGGAUAGCCCAUCUUCAUCAACCACAACCCACAGCCAUUCAGAUCAGUCCAACAGUGGCAGACACCCGGUCCACUGACCCACAUGUCAUAGAGUUGGGUCAAGCUUUUCACAGCACCGUGCUCUUAAACAGUAAAACACACUUGACGCCCACGCAGGCCAGUGCCAACGGUCACCACUCCAACGGUUUGCCGGCGCGUCACGUCGCCAGUUCAAGAGUGGAAGGGUGGAAGGGGGGAGAAAGUGCCGGUAGGGGAGGUUUGACUGCUGGGAACCAGACUGGGCCUGACGGGGGAGGAAAAGGAAGGAGAGAGGAAGAGGAGAUAGCACAGACGCACCCACUGGAGGUUCUCUCCGGUCAUCCGUCGAGUCUGGACUCUACCCUGCGGCACAUUGUUCAACAGUUGGAUAUUCUCACGCAGACUGUUUCAGUGUUGGAGGAGCGUCUCACCCUGACUGAGGACAAGCUGAAGGAGUGUCUCCUCCAACAAUCCCAGAUUCUGAAGGAUGUGCGAGCAUCAGAAGCGAGGCGGAGGACGGACAGCGAGGGGACGGAUGGAUCACCUGUCCAUUUCACUUGAGAACAACCUCACCCUCUAUCAGACUGCAGCACAAUCACACAUUGUGUUGUACUGCUUAACCCCAGACUGCUGAACAUGGGUGUGUGUGUGCGAUUUUAAACCACCAUGGUGGUCUUUCUCAGGGGUCAGUGGGUUAAUCAGGAUUUGGGCGGUGAUCGAAGUGAGUUUUUGACUGCUUGCGUGCGUGCGGGCGGGCGGACAUAUGUGUGUGUUGUGUGUGUGUGUGUGUGUGUGUGUGUGUGUUGUGUGUGUGUGUAAUACCAACAUAUUCUGUCCAUGUCUCUCUGCACUUCUCAAGGACAUGUAGCUGUACAGCCAAGAAGACAUUCCAUUUCUGUGUGUGUGUGUGUUGAUGGUACAUCCAAUCUGGACAGCUGCAGCUAUGAAAACAGAUGGUGCUUGUCUGCCAUAUGACCUUUUAGUCCGUAUGCGUUUACAUGUGUAUACUUGUGAAUUAGCAGACAUUUUAGCAGUUCAGUGUUUCAGCAAUUACAUUUUUUAUAGCAAUUUGUUUGCAUCUUUGCAUAAUGCCAUUAAAUUUUAAACCAA